CCUUCAAAAUUUUCCAGCAUACUCUUUACAUCAUCCUUCAGCCUCGUCUGGUAUGAUUUGAGUAGAGCUUCUUUGGAUUGCGGUAAGUUACGCUGAGAAGACAUUGUUUAUUCACCAAAAUUAUUGUUGUUGAUGAAUUGUGUAAAUCACAAAAACAUCAUUCUGACACAUCCGUGACAGCUACGAACUCUGGCUGCAUGGGCUGCAUUAUUUUUUUAAAAUACCAUUCUCGUUUAUUCCAAUCCCAACCGAAAUUUCUUCUCUGUGAGUCAAUGUGAUAUUUGAAAAACUUUGGAGGUUUUGUUGUUUACCCGAGAUAUUAUCGCAGAUGUCACAAUUGCCCAAUGCCCUUGCAUUUGUAGUUAGAUACUAAAAACAAUUGGAGAAAUUUAGUGGUUGAACUGGUGCACUGAGACAGUUAAUUGUAUCUUUAAACUUUCAUUCCUUUCAUAUAUACCGCCAAAAGACCCAACCGAAAAAUGUCAUCGAUUUAACGAAGAGAGUGUGAAACAAUGGAAACAAUCGGAACACGAAACUCAACGAUACGUAAACGACGUAAACUCAACCAUUUUUCUUUUCCUUCGUAACUCCAAGUGAACUAGAACUGAGUUUCGAACAUGGCUGUCGGCAAAAACAAAGGUCUCUCAAAGGGAGGCAAAAAAGGCUCCAAGAAGAAGGUGGUCGAUCCAUUCUCACGCAAAGAUUGGUAUGAUAUCAAAGCGCCAAGCAUGUUUGCUAACCGACAAGUCGGAAAGACUUUGGUGAACCGUACACAAGGUACAAAGAUCGCAUCGGAAGGUUUGAAGCACCGUGUGUUUGAGGUGUCGCUAGCCGAUUUACAAAAUGAUCAGGAUGCGGAAAGAUCGUUCCGUAAAUUCCGUUUGAUUGCGGAAGACGUACAAGGAACACACGUUUUGACCAACUUCCAUGGUAUGGAUUUGACAACAGACAAAUUGCGCUCGAUGGUCAAGAAAUGGCAAACACUCAUCGAAGCCAACAUCGAUGUCAAGACAACCGAUGGCUAUUUGCUCCGUGUUUUCUGCAUUGGAUUCACCGCAAAAGAUCAAAUGUCUCAGCGUAAAACAUGCUACGCCCAACAUUCACAUGUCCGUUCCAUUCGCAAGAAGAUGUGCGAAAUUAUCACACGCGACAUUACCGGUUCCGAUUUGAAGGAAGUCGUCAACAAAUUGCUCCCCGAUUCCAUUGCCAAGGACAUUGAAAAGUCUUGCUUGGGCAUCUGCCCGUUGCACGAUGUGUACAUUCGCAAAGUGAAAGUAUUGAAGAAGCCACGUUUCGAUUUGGCCAAACUGUUGGAGCUCCAUGGUGAUGGCGGCGGUAAAGCUGCCGAUGGCGUUGUUUCGGCCGAAGGUGUUGUCGUCGAACGUGCCGAAGGCUACGAACCACCCGUUCAAGAAUCAGUUUAGAAUGAAACAAAUUAUUGGGGAAAAUCCACUUGAUUCGCUUUGUUGUACAAACUUUUGGAUCAAUAAAAAAAUCGUUUUUUCCGAUCAAUUCUGAUGAUUUGAAAGAAAAAA